AUGCUAGCCGAGCUGCAGGCGGAGAGUUUGCGUCGCGAGAUCGAAUCUGCACUGGUCGACCGCGACCGCGCCAUCAAGGAGUGCACCGAUUUGAAGACGCCCCAGAACACCUCCACCCUCGGGAAGUCUAGGCAAGACAACUCGGGGUAUCACCACUUGGGCCUGGCGAGCGGCGUUGGCAACGACGGAUUCCUCAACGGGCAACAUCCAAACAAUCCCUCAUUGGACAAAUUACAAGGUUUGGUGGGCCUGGUGGUGGACGCCGUGGACAAGGAGCGUGUGGACAACCUGGAGCAGGCCAACCAAGAGCUGGAGAGGCUGAGGAAGCAGGUGGACCGACUCCAGGCUGAGCUGGCGGACGCCCAGCGCGAAGCAGAGGUCUCGAAACGUAGGAGGGAUUGGGCGUUCGCCGAACGUGACAAACUGUUGCAGGAGCGAGAGAGCGUCAAAGCGCUCUGCAACAGGUUGCGGAAAGAGCGUGACCAGAUGGUGGGCGAGCUGGCGGACGCGCGUCGCCAUAGCAACAAGAAGCCCUGCGACGCCAAGGAGGCCAAGCCGGGCCGCGCCAAGCUCGCCCCGCCCGACGACGGACAGGAUUUCGAGUGGGAGAUAAUCGAGGUGGAGCUGAGCGGACUGGGCAAGGACGGCGAGCUGGGCUUCGAGUUGGCCGGGGGCCGAGAGGAGCCCUACUACCCGAACGACACCAGCGUCUACGUCACCUCCGUCAAGAAGGGCUCCAUCGCAGACGGCAAGAUCAAGGUGCUGGACCGCGUGGCGGAGGCGUGCGGCGCGUCGGCGUGGGCGCGCGGCGCGGCCUGUGCGGCGGCGCUGCGCGGCGCGCUGGCCUCGGGCGCCGCGCUGCUGCGGCUGCAGCGCGCGCGCUGCCUGCGCCGCCUCGUGCGCCUCGCCGGCGGCGUCGCGCUGCACCACGGUAUUUUCGUAAGCAAAAUAGCGUGCGGUAGUGCUGCAGCCAAGGAAGGCAACAUAUACGUCGGUGAUCGCGUUGUCAGUAUCAACAACCGGUCGCUAGAGGGCGUGAAGAGCGUUUCCGAGGCGAUGGCGAUGCUCAACGACUGCCAGUACGACUCGGUGCUGCUCACGGUGCUCCGGCCCCUCUAUCCCUGCUGCGACCCCAGGAACAGGCUGCCGUCAUACGAGCACGCGUACGGCGACAAGAUGGUCAACUUCUCGUCGCAGACGGACGAGCCGUGCUCACAGUUCCUGCCACCGCCCGAUCCCAAGGUUCAGAUCGAGCACAGCGUGGCCGACUUCGACCGGCGCUACGUGUACCACGUGGCGGCCGGCAGCCACGGGAAGAUACACCAGGAGAGAGGCACGUGGGACAUGAUCAGGGGCAAAAUCGAGGCUGUCACCGGACGCACCAAGACCAAGGACAAACCGACCAAGGUGCCAGAGACUGACGCUAUCGCCGAAUUGGAUUCUGUAAUAGACAGUUAUCACGGGAAGACUACGAAGGAGACGAGCAGCGUGCUGAAGCGGUCGCGGCGCAAGAACAAGGAGGGCGCGGGCGAGGCGAAGAACGGCGGCACGUGGCCGAAGGCGCGCGGCGCGCUGGCGCCGGGCGAGGCGCGCGCCGGCACGGUGGCGCAGGCGCGCUCGCGCCGCGCGCGCCCGCCGCUCUCCGUGCUGCUCAGCCCGCCCACCAAGCUGCCGCCCGAGCGCAACUCGACGCCGCUGCCGCUGGGCCGCGCGCCGCCCGCGCUCGCCCAGGCGCCGGCGCGCCACUCCGUCUACAAGGCCGUCGAGUGCGCGCCCGCCGUCGACCACUUCCCCAAGCCGGCGCCGCUGGCCGUGCACGACCCCUUCGCCUCGCCCGCCCGCUCGCUGCCCAAGGACAAGCCCUCCGUCGGCGACUACGAGCUCGACGCGGCGCCCAACCGGCUGAGCCUGCUGCUCGACCCGUCCGACGACUCGCUGGACUACCGGCCGGCGCCCAGGGGCAGGCCCAAGAGCCCGCACUCGCUCGACUUCGCGCUCGCCAAGGGCCCCAGCUCGCUGGACUACGUCGCGAGGAAGUCGCCCGGCUCGCUCGAGCACGCGUCCAAGAGCCGCCCCGCCAAGGACAUCCUCGACCACUACUACCCCGCGAAGAAGUCCUCCCCGAACACCGUCAACAAGUACCCGUCGGACAGCGACAGCUUCGGGCCCGACAGCCUGAACGGCACCGCCAACUUCCCCAUGACCGGCACGCUGCCCUCCCAGUCCCGCCUCCAGUCGCAGUACUACAGAGGGCCCUUCGCCAACUCGAACCCGCACUCCUCGAGCCGCUACGCGCACCUCUCGAGCCCGACGAACAUACCGCAGAGCCAGUCGGGCGAGAGCAUCGGCACCAGCUACGACAUGCACCCCUUCACCUCGCACGCCCACAACAUGUCGGACAUCCAGCCGGUGGCGAGGGCCAACCGCGAGUACCAGCACGCGUACGAGGGCGGCACCUUCCCCAGGAAGAAGGAGAACCAGCGCUUCCGCAUACCGUCCAACCCGAGCGUCACGUCGAAGAGCUCGGCGGGGAAGCUGAGCACCGGCUCGAUAGAGAGGAGCUCGGAGCGCAACUCGCCCAUGCCCACCUUCCACGUGGAGGUGCUGAGCCCCGGCCGCGGCUCCAAGCAGCCGACCCACAAGGGCGGCCGCAACUCGAUGCCGGAGUACUGCGCCCUGGGCUGGGGCAAGCCGCUACCAGGCGAGCUGCGCCGUGUCCACAUAGACAAGAGCCAGCAGCCGCUCGGCAUCCAGAUCUCGUGCCCGCCCAGCAGCGGCGGCGUGUUCGUCUCCACGGUCAACGAGAACUCGCUCGCUAGCCAAGUGGGCUUACAGGUCGGCGACCAGCUGCUCGAGGUGUGCGGCAUCAACAUGCGCUCGGCCACCUACACCCUCGCUGCCAGCGUGCUGCGCCAGAUAGGCAACUCGAUCACGAUGCUGGUGCAGUACAGCCCCGAGAAAUACAAGGACGAGAUGGAGGUGCCGGGCAGCUCCUCGUCGGAUGAGAGCUCGCACGACGACGAGGUGUCGCUCUCCGGCUCGCCCACGCCGCGGAACUCGCCGGGGCCCCAGCGCUCGCUGCGGACGGAGCCGUCGACGGACGCCACCCUUCGCCAGCCGCAGGGGAACAAGGACCUGCCGCGGUUCCUGCUCAUCGAAAUGCGCAACUGCUCGGACCUCGGCAUCAGCCUGGUGGGCGGCAACGCGGUGGGCAUAUUCGUGCACAGCGUCCAGAUGGACUCGCCCGCCUACAUCGCCGGCCUGAGGACCGGAGACCAGAUCCUGGAGUACAACAACGUGGACCUGAGGAGGGCCACCGCCGAGCAGGCGGCGCUGGAACUGGCCAAGCCGGCCGAUAAGGUGAGCGUGCUGGUGCGGCACGAUCUGCAGCAGUACCACGAGACGAAGGACAAGCCGGGCGACGCGUUCUACAUCCGCGCCGGCUUCGACCGCUGCGCGAAGAUCACCUCCGCGGGCAUGGACACCAUCGACGAGUACUCGCUGUGGUUCCGCAAGGACGAGGUGCUGUUCGUGGACAACACGCUGUUCAACGGCGCGCCGGGCCUGUGGCGCGCCUGGCAGCUGGACGGCAAGGGCGUCAAGCGCCACUGGGGCACCAUUCCCAGCAAGUUCAAGGUGGAGGAGGUGCUGCGCCGCUCGGGGGGCGCGGCCGACAGCGACGCGCAGCGGCGGGCCUCCAGCACGGCGCGCCGCUCCUUCUUCCGCCGCAAGAAGCACCGCGACAGCAAGGAGCUGGCCUCCUUUUCCAACACCGAGCUGGGCUGCUGGAGCGACUCGGGCACGCUGGCGGACGACGCGCCGCCGCUUUCCUACCAGCGAGUAGAGAGGCUGCACUAUGGUAGCCAGCGGCCGGUGGCAGUGCUGGGCCCCCUUUGGGAAUGUGUGGCCGGCAAGCUGGUCACCGACUGGCCACACGUGUUCGCCCGCGCCAGGCCCGACCCUCGAGCGGUGCGGGACCUCGCUGACAAGGGCAUACACUGCAUCCUAGACAUCAGCGUUUCAACGAUAGAAAAGCUCCACAAGCAUCAAAUAUACCCCAUCGUCCUGUUCAUAAAGUUCAAAUCGUUCAAGCAAAUCAAAGAAGUCAAAGAUACACGAUACCCGGCGGAUAAAGUGUCCGCAAAGGCCGCCAAGGAAAUGUAUGAGCACGGACUGAAAGUGGAAAACGAAUAUAGGAAUUAUAUAUCGGCGGAGAUCCCGGCGGGCGUGAACAUCGCGUACAUGUGCACGCAGAUCAAGGAGGCGGUCGAGGAGGAGCAGAACAAGACCCUCGCCCCCCGCGCCCCCACCGCCCGCCGAAGCGGCGGCGCCGCCCCACAAGUGCGUCACCUUCCGCCGCCCCCGCCGCCCCCAAGGCCAGCCGCGCUACCACUCCGACCCGGGCAACUGGCGGCGGACGAGAAGGCAGGGGAGGAGCGACCCGAUCGACGGCGACGCGAGUACUACUCGGAGCCGGACGCGAAGUACUUCGAGAUAGACUACGAGUUCCUCAAGGAGCUGCGCCGGAUCGCGCGCAACAACUGCCCGAAGUGCAGACGCCGCCGCAGCAGGCGAAGAAGCGAGAGGGGCGGCGGCUACGUGCUGUGCAACGGACGCUACCACGGCGCGAUGGAGCACUGCCGCCUCUGCUGCAACAUCUGCAGCCGCUGCACGGACACCCUCGACUCUGCGGAGGACGAGUACUCGCUCGCGUCGCGGAGCUACAGCCUGGCCUCGAGCAAGGCCACCAUCAGCUCCCGCUCAAGAUCGACCCCGAGCAACAAGCGAGAGCGCAAGAGCUCCAUACAGUCGAAUAAGUCCGUCUCGUUCCUGGAGUCGAGCAACGACGGCUCGCCCAAGGACGAGCCCAACUACACGGCCAAGAGCUUCACCAACGACCUGAAGAGAUUCCUCCUGAAGCCGUCGCCGCCGAGGCUCAGUCUCCGCGAUAAGUUCAUGAUCGGCCUGAAGCAGGAGAUCGAGGCGACUAGGAAGUCGCCCAAACUGAAAGCAAUACGGGGCCUAUGGAAAUCGUAC